AUGGGCGGCCCGGCGGCGCGGAGGGGCGCCGGGGGGCUCCGCGCGCUGCUCCUGGCACUGGUGGCCGCGGGGAGCCCCGCGGGCGCCUACAAUCUGGACCCGCAGCGCCCCGUGCGCUUCCAGGGUCCCGCCGGGUCCUUUUUCGGCUACGCGGUGCUGGAGCACUUCCACGACAACACGCGCUGGGUCCUUGUGGGUGCACCAAAGGCGGAUUCCAAGUACAGCACUUCCGUGAAGUCCCCUGGGGCUGUGUUUAAGUGCCGCGUCCACACCAACCCUGACCGGAGAUGCACCGAACUGGACAUGGCUCGAGGGAAGAAUCGGGGUAUGCCCUGUGGAAAGACCUGCCGGGAAGACAGAGAUGAUGAGUGGAUGGGGGUGAGCCUGGCCCGGCAGCCCAAGGCUGAUGGCCGCGUGCUGGCCUGUGCCCACCGCUGGAAGAACAUCUACUACGAAACAGACCACAUCCUGCCCCACGGCUUCUGUUACAUCAUCCCAUCCAACCUCCAGGCCCAAGGCAGGACGCUGAUUCCUUGCUAUGAAGAGUAUAAGAAGAAGUAUGGAGAGGAACAUGGCUCCUGCCAGGCUGGGAUAGCGGGCUUCUUCACUGAGGAACUGGUGGUGAUGGGUGCCCCAGGGUCAUUUUAUUGGGCUGGGACGGUCAAAGUGCUGAACCUCACAGACAACACCUAUUUCAAACUAAAUGAUGAAGUGAUCAUGAACAGGAGGUACACCUACCUGGGUUAUGCAGUUACUGCCGGACACUUUUCUCAUGUGUCCACCACCGAUGUGGUAGGAGGUGCCCCUCAGGACGAAGGCAUUGGGAAGGUUUAUAUUUUUAGAGCUGACCGAAGAUCAGGCACCUUAAUUAAGAUUUUUCAGGCAUCAGGUAAAAAGAUGGGCUCUUACUUCGGCUCCUCCUUAUGCGCAGUUGACCUGAACGUGGACGGCCUCUCUGACCUGCUCGUGGGGGCCCCCAUGUUUUCUGAGAUCAGGGACGAAGGGCAGGUCACUGUCUACAUCAACAGAGGAAACGGAGCCCUGGAGGAGCAGCUGGCCCUGAGUGGGGAUGGCGCCUACAAUGCACACUUUGGGGAGAGCAUCGCCAGCCUGGGCGACCUCGAUGAUGACGGGUUCCCAGAUGUGGCCAUUGGCGCACCCAAGGAGGAUGACUUUUCAGGAGCGGUGUACAUCUAUCAUGGUGAUGCCGGUGGGAUGGUCCCUCAGUACUCCAUGAAACUUUCUGGGCGGAAGAUAAGUCCAGUCCUGCGGAUGUUUGGUCAGUCCAUAUCAGGAGGCAUUGAUAUGGAUGGAAAUGGCUAUCCCGAUGUAACUAUUGGAGCUUUCAUGUCGGACAGUGUGGUUCUCCUAAGGGCGAGACCCGUCAUCACGGUGGAUGUCUCCAUCUUCCUCCCCACCUCCAUCAACAUCACGGCGCCCCAGUGCCACGAUGGCCAGCAGCCUGUGAACUGCCUGAAUGUCACCGCCUGCUUUAGCUUCCACGGCAAGCACGUUCCGGGAGAAAUAGGCCUGAAUUACGUUCUGACGGCUGAUAUGGCCAAAAAAGAAAAGAGCCAGUUGCCCAGGGUCUACUUUGUGUUGCUGGGAGAGUCCGUGGGUCAGGUCUCAGAGAAGCUGCAGCUGGUCCAUUUGGAGGCGACGUGUCAUCAUUACGUGGCCCAUGUGAAGCGGAGAGUGCAGGACGUCAUCAGCCCCAUCGUGUUUGAGGCCGCCUACAGCCUGGGUGAACAUGUGAUGGGAGAGGAGGAGAGGGAGCUGCCGGCCCUGACCCCCGUGCUCCGCUGGAAAAAGGGACAAAAGAUUGCCCAGAAGAAUCAGACCGUGUUUGAAAGGAAUUGCCGAUCUGAGGACUGUGCCGCCGACCUGCAGCUUCAGGGUCACCUGUUACUCUCCAGUGUUGAUGACAGAACCCCGUAUCUAGCUAUGGGGGCUGUGAAGAAUAUCUCCCUAAACAUCUCCAUCUCCAACCUCGGGGACGAUGCCUAUGAUGCCAACGUGUCCUUCAAUGUUUCCCGGGAGCUCUUCUUCAUCAACAUGUGGCAGAAGGAGGAAAUGGGCAUUUCCUGUGAACUGCUGGAAUCGGACUUCCUCAAAUGCAGUGUGGGAUUCCCUUUCAUGAGGUCGAAGUCGAAGUAUGAAUUCAGCGUGAUCUUUGAUACAAGCCACCUGUCUGGGGAAGAGGAAGUUCUUAGCUUCAUCGUUACUGCUCAGAGCGGCAACAUGGAGCGCUCAGAGUCCCUGCACGACAACACCCUCACGCUGACAGUGCCGCUGAUGCACGAGGUGGACACAUCCAUCACUGGAAUCAUGUCUCCAACCUCCUUUGUGUACGGCGAGUCUGUGGACGCAUCCAGCUUCAUUCAGCUGGAAGACCUGGAGUGUCAUUUCCAGCCUCUCAACGUCACCCUUCAGGUCUAUAACACUGGGCCAAGCACCCUUCCUGGGUCAUCUGUCAGCAUCUCUUUCCCCAGUCGUCUGUCACCUGGAGGAGCUGAGAUGUUUCAUGUGCAGGAGAUGGUGGUGGGCCAGGAGAAGGGAAACUGUUCUUUCCAGAAAAACCCAACCCCCUGUAUCAUCCCUCAAGAACCAGAAAAUAUCUUCCAUACAAUAUUUGCUUUUUUCACAAAGUCGGGAAGAAAAGUCUUGGACUGCGAAAAGCCAGGAAUUUCUUGCCUAACAAUGCACUGUAAUCUUAGUGCGCUGGCUAAAGAAGAAAGUCGUACUAUAGACAUUUACAUGCUGCUGAACACAGAAAUACUGAAGAAGGACAGUUCAUCUGUCAUCCAGUUCAUGACCCGCGCCAAGGUGAAGGUGGACCCUGCCCUGAGGGUGGUGGAGGUAGCCAGUGGGAACUCAGAGGAGAUGACGGUGGUCUUCGAGGCGUUGCACAAUCUGGAGCCCCGAGGCUACGUCGUGGGGUGGAUCAUUGCCAUCAGCUUGCUGGUGGGAAUCCUCAUCUUCCUGCUGCUGGCUGUGCUGCUCUGGAAGAUGGGCUUCUUUCGCAGAAGGUACAAAGAAAUUAUUGAAGCUGAGAAGAACCGUAAAGAGAAUGAAGACAGUUGGGACUGGGUCCAGAAAAACCAGUGACCUGCCACCCCACCCCACCCCGGUCAUGUGGCCCAGUGGUUCGCCUGUCUUCCUGAUCUUUGUAUCUUCCAUAUUUGGAAGAAAGAAUCUUCUCCAGAUUUUUCGGAGGCCCCACGAUGCUGUUCUCGUCCUCGUUCUCUCAAGCCCAGGUGCCAACCUGAGGCAGUCACUUGACUGGAACCACCACCACUUCCUUUUCCAGCUGAACCCACAACUUUGGAAAGCCGGCUGCAGAGCCAGGCGAUAUUUAUGGAUGCAACAUGCGUGGUCAACCCUCAGGGGAAAACUGUUACCUAAAAGUAUUUUUAUAAAUAUAAGCCUUUUAUACUGAUUAUGUCUUUAUAUUUGUAUCGAUGUUUUAUUAUUUCUAUUAAAUGGUUAUAUAGUUCACUCAAGCACUGAUAUCUGGCCUGAAAUCUUGGAAAUACUUGUAUAUUCAUACAAAUGUUAAAGGAUAAAGAUCUUAUUGUACUCUGGAACUUGCUGUUAAAGAAGACUCAGAUGAAAUCAUCUGAAGAAACCUCAUGUGAUGAAUCCACCCAGCGGGUGGUGCUGUAUAUCAGCUGUGGUUUGGGGCUGAGCCCGAAGGCAUCUCACAUCUCUGUUGCCUGGAGUCAAGUGCGGAAUAAUGUGCUGAAGAACCACGAGAGUUUUUUCAUCUGUACCGUUCAUUGGAAGAUUCCCAGCAGGAAUUUGGAUGGAAAAACCUGAUUCUUGAGGUCUGUUCUGCAUCACCUUAUAGAGCAGACAUUUCACCCUCCUUGCACUUAAAUUAAGACAUGAAAGCUUGGAGCAAUGCCAUUUCAUCACUGGUAAACCUCAGAAUGGCAUCUCAUCCUGGACAUCGUGCAUCAGAGUCCGCAUACCACCAGGACUGAAUUGGUGCCCACCAAGCAGAGACUUGUGUCUGAGUGCUGUGAUGUGUUAUCUUUUCAUGUUAAUUUGAGUCCAGGGGUCUCCAUUAUCCCCAUCACUCUUGCUGUCCCAGCUAAUGGUAAUUGCAGUGUCCUUCCCAGAGAUGACCAUUCAACCUGUCCUUAUUUUUUUUAAUCGUGUCUUAGGUGGAAUUCUUAAGAAGUGGACCCUGAGACAAGGAUUUUCACGCAGUAACUUAUUAAGGAAGUAUCCCCAGGGCACACCAGUAAGGACACGAGGGAAGCAGGACACAGAAGGGGAGGAAGACAGGUAAGGGAGCCAUUUCAGGGCAGGUCCCGUGCAGGGGGUCUUCAGCCUGAUCCUGCUGGGGGGCUCUGGAGGGUAAGUUAUGCCUCAGAGUUGUCCCAACCCGGGGCAAGGGAGCUGAGCUUUCAUAGUCUUGGACCCAGGAGAGAUGUAAACUUUCUGCUUUCACUUCCUGCCAGCAAAAUAGCCCCAGUAGCUCAGGAGCAGUCCUCAAAAAGAGGGCUGCACCCCCAGCCUGGGAAGCGCACAGAAAUAAUGCAAAAGAAAUGAUGCAGAGGGAUCUGGGCAUAGCACUGACGUCCUCGCCUAUCCCCUGUACAGGUGAAUGCUGAGUUAUGGCCUUCACUAUCCAAGCUCUCUAUUUGACAGUGUUCAUUACCAGACACGCAGUGCUGUCCAGAUUUGAGUGCAGUGUGAUUCUCUGAAAGGGCGAGGUGGUGAUGGAUGUAGCAAGCUCAACAUCAUGCCUGGCCCGUAGUGAACAUUCAAUAACCAUGAGCAGCCCUGGCUGCUUUUACCGCUGCUGGAAAACCAUCUGGUACAGGGGAAAACGUGCCGAAGAGCAGGGUCUGACAGAGUCCUUAGUCACUUAUCACAGCCUGCUCAAGCCCCGGGUACAAACAGAUGGCAUCAGAUGAGAAUGAAACAAGAAACAAGACCAGGCAUCUUUCUCAUAGGGCCUUGUUGACUGGGAGCUAAGAUGUGCGGGGGCCCGUGAGUAUUGUUGAAAAGACACAGAACUCAACUUCAGGGGAGAUAGGUUUUUCCAGACACAUAGUUGGCUAAUGCUUGCAAAGAUAUCUAAAGUUUUGGCAAAAUUAUGAGGGUGCUGGGCGGUUGCAAACCUGGCAGGGAGCACACGUGUCUUUUUGUUUCUUACGCAGUUGACUCUGACACAGGAAGAUACAGAAUGCAUCAUGCUCCCCUUCCAGUUCUCACUCAGAGUUCACCUCUGACAGAUAUGUAUGGGGCCCCUGCUGUGCAUCAGGCCCUGUGCUAAGUGCGGGGGGUUCCCCAGUGAACACCACCCCACAUUUUGCCCCAGGGGAGGCAGAUCUUCCCACAGUGGGAUCGUGAAUUCCUUUACGAGACCUCAUCUGCAGCCUUCCUUGGAUGGACUUCUGCUUGUUGUUUCAUGUUGUCCUUUAAUAAAUCAUUUAGGAUUCUUAGGUGGUAGGCCUGGGACAGCUCCAUCAGCAGCUUUGGCCAAAUGCACGACUAGCCACAGCCAGCCUCCUGCAAGGUGUGCAGACGCAUGGGAGACAGUGUAGCAGGAUAACUGGCAGGCACGCGGUUCUGCCAGCCAGAGGGGAAAGCCUCACCAGGGGAGGGGCAGGCUCCAUAGCCAGUCUCAGAGCUGGGAUCCAUGUGCUUCUGGGUGGUUCUGAGUGGUGGACACACGAGUGGUCACAUACCCAGGAGAUUACUAAGACUAAAUAGGGCAGUUUUCAAGAAAAUCACGCUUGGCCUCCACUGGAGGAAAUACUGGCAGCCACUCUGGAACCUGUAUGGGGAGGAUGGUACAUCUGCUUAUCUCCUGAUGCUGAGUAGGCGGGGCAGCAUGGACUGGGGAGGUGACCAUUUAGCACAGAGAUAGGGAAGUUGAGCAGGUUAUCAGCGCUCUCAGCUUGGCCGGUUCACCAGCUCCAUCCAGUUCAGAAGCCCUCAGUAGGCUCUUGGGGGAAGCAGACAGGAUGGGUUGGUGUGUCUUUGUUCCUUCUCCAGAAGGUUCUUUUAAAAUUCCACAGUGCCUUCCAGUUUCCACCUUUCCUGCUUCUGCGGGUUCACUGUGGAAUGCCAUCUGAUGUUCUCUUGCACAGCAUUAUUUAAGUCUGCUUCAGCUUUUUGGUUGUGUAUUCACUAGGGUUAUAAUCAACUGUCAGAAGGAUUGAGGUGCUCUUUAAAUAUGACAAAAGGACCUUUGUAGAAAUUAAGUGAAAUAAUGCCCCCUUUUCAAAAAUGAUUCACUUAUGCUCAGUUUACAUGGGACUCAGGAGUUUGGAACAUCACCUAAGUGAGCCCUGGACCUGUCACAAAGAAGAGGCCAUGAGGUUCAGGAACGAGGGGACACUGGCAGGAGUGAGUGGGUCCAGUGGCUUUACGGUGACUGACAAGCACACGGCCAGAAUCACUUGCUACUGAGGUCACUGAGGCUUUCUCAGUCAAUUCUUCAGGAAACUUCCAUCAGCAUUCUGAAGUUGGGUAAGCUUUGUAGAAAAUCCGAUGGAAAGUCCUCCUUCACCAAAUCAUAUGUAACCUUCAGCCCUGGAGCCAGAGGCAGGGAGGUUCAAAACAAAACCAGCAGGCCUCCUGGAAACAUCAGGGACCUGUUUUCAAUGUGGAUGUGUAGCAGGUCCCCUAGGUGGUUGUGAUGGGUGCUGAUAUGCUACCUGUGGAACCGUAGCAAUGUCGUUUUUAAAAAAGGUUAUUCUACUUUUAUUUUUGGAUAAGGCAUCAUAUCAGGGCAACGCAGUUACACUCGGGUUACCUGUAAAACCUACACCUGAUGAAACCUGCACCUAAUUCAGACUUCCCGAAAUGUAGAGGCAAAGCAAAGGAUUGGUAUUUGGGGGAAAUGGCCUUUUAGCAGAUAAAAGGCAGAAAACGAGUGUCCCUUAGAAAUGCUCCAAGUAUGCAGGGUUUUAGUCCAUGUGUUGUUUUGCUAUAUAGAGCAAGAAUAUACACAGUGGAGAAUAUGUUCUGAAGCAAAGAAUGGCUGAAGGGUUAGGAUACAAAGGCAGUAGGGCCAAAAUGAACCUUCUAGAAUGUCUUCUGAUUUUCAGCAUGUGAGGGGGAUAAUGAACAAAUGUCCCACGUGAUGCAGUGCUUUGUAGCACAAUGAUCUAGAUUUCAGACUGUGUUAAGGUUUUUUCAAAUUCUAAUGUGCACGGUGUGACCGGCGGAGUAAGUUUAAAAGCUUUAAGAGUGUGAUGAAUUGCAUGGCAGGCACCCACGCUAACUUCACUUCCAGAACUUGAUUGAUGCAUCUGUGUACGUUUCCGUUGAGGAAUUUCAGUGGGAGGGGUGUUCCUCUUCACAAAGUCGCAUGUAUUCAAGUCUGUGCAGUCACUUCUAAUUCACUUGCACUGUUUGGGAAAUGCAGGUUUACAAAAGUACGUGUUUGGAAUAAAAAAACAGCU